GAAGUUGAAAUUAAUAGAGUGCGUGUUAAAUUAAUCAAUUUGAGUAAACUAAUACGACCACUCGCGAUCUGAAAUGGAAAACUGCAGCAAGUCAUAGUUCGAUUGUUUUUGGAGACAAAGAUAUUUUUGCUUGCCCUGCAACAUAAAUGUUUUUAAAAUAUUGUUUCGCCAACAGUGAACGGCUGAUUUUUAAACUUGCCACUGGUUUUGACGAUUUUGUCCACAACUCUGCUGCGGUUCGGGUGGGCCGUCUGUUUUCGUUAUUGGUGUUAUCGUUUCUGCGGCAAGAUAAACCGCAGAGGUCAAAUAUUCUCCUGCGCUCGGCAAAAUGAGGGUUUUGGUCUUACUACAUGGUUGCAGUUAAAUUCUAGUUUUAGAUUUGUCUUAUCUGUCAAUAUUUGGUUCCUUUAUGUUUGUAUAGAGUAAAACUCCAUCAAUGUUUGGGUCUGGUUCGUCCCCUGCCUUUGGUGCAGGCUUUUCUUCAAUGCCUGGGUCUAGUCCAUUAUUUGGUUCUACUUCUAGUCCAAACUUUGGCUCCAGUUCAGCUUCUAGUUUUAGUGCUAGCUCCUCACAACCCUUGUUUGGCUUUUCAACUUCCCAGUCUGGUUUUGGUUUGCAAGGAAGCAUGUCUUCACCUUUUGGUCAGUCAACAUCAUCGCCAGCGUUUGGGCAGACACAAUCAUCUUUCUUAGGACAGCCCACCCUGCAACAGGCAUCCUCUUCCGGUCAGAUCUCAUCAUUUGGGCAAACACAGCCUUCUCUCUUUGGUGGAGUACAGUCAGCUCCUUUUGGGCAAACUCAGAUGACUCCUUUUGGUGGUGCACAGUCAUCUAUUUUUGGGCAAACUCAGAAAUUGACUCCUGGCUUUGGCCAAACAGAACCGUCAAUGUUUGGUAACACUCAACAGUCAAUUUUCAGUGGUAGUCAGUUGACAACUCAGAUGGCACCAGUUGCACCUGUGGCAAUACCUCUUCCUGACAGGGAUAUCCAGGCAAUUGUUGAUGCAUAUAAAGAUGAGGCGGGGAAUCACAAAUACAGUUUUAAGCACCUUUUGCUUAGUGUGACUGAUCCAUCAAUGCGUGUGAAGCCAGUUGGUGUAUCUGAUAUAAUAUGGGCAGAAGCCAUGAAUAAGCUGGAAGGCAUGGAGAGUGGAGAUCGAGAAAGGCUGUGGCCUGAAUCGGUUCAAGGUUUCAAAGAUCUUUCACGUCGGUUAAAGGUACUGUUUAAACUGUUUUCUAAAACUAUGCCUAAUAGGCUAAUACGCUUUCUCUAUACAAAGACUAUAAGAGUCAGGACAAAUUACUGUGCAGUUCGUUUGCUUGUGCCACCAAGUAUCUAUAUGCAAGAUGAGGUAAUAGCUGCUGAUGCACAGAGACUUCAAACAACACAAACUAACGUUAAGAUGCUGGAAAGACAUUUUCAAGUGGACACUCUGACCUGGAUUCAAAGGUUAAGGCAAAAGGAAAAAGAAUUACAGCGAUGUCUUUUAAGGGUUAUGAGGAUUGUGGAGGCUUUAGAGGGAAAAGGAUUUCAUAUUCCAACCACAAGAGGGGAAACCUUCUUAGGUGUACAAUUGCGUACACUAACUCGACAACUUCAAGGACCUGGUGCAGAAUUGCCACGUAGGAUCAAUACUCUUAUGUCAAUUUCUCGAGUACGAUCUCAAGUUGAAGGAGCACAUACCUUGCUUCCUGGAUUGGCCAAAGUAGAUGAACAAAGUCUGGUUGACAUGCAUGAGCUCUUACGCCAGCAAACAGAUGCCAUUUCUAGUCUUGCUAGCAUUUUAAGGAAGGAUACAAGAAAUACAGAAAUCUUAGUUUCAGAAGAUACAGAGAUGACAGAUGAAGCAGCUGAAAGUGAUUUCAGAAGAUCUGGAAGAAAUGGAACUUUGCAUGCCUAUAAUACAAAUAGCUUGAAUGGCUAUUGAAUCAUUGACAAAUGCUACUAAUGCAAUUGCAUUCUUACAUACGUUAAGUUAGUUUUGGGAAAGUGGCACAAUGUUUCAUUAAAUGUGAUUUAUUCCAAUGCUCAUGCUUGUAAUCUUUUAUAGCAGGUAUUUCUGGUUUUCUUGAUA